UACUAUAUAGUAGCUAUUAUUAUUUCUUAGAUCAUUGAAGAAUGUAAGAUCUUUGUUCUAUCCAAUGAACAACUAUGCAUCUUGAUGAAAGAUAUGGAUGAAGCCAUCAGGAACGGAUUGGGCAAAGAAACUAAUCCAUCUUCGGUUGUCAAGUGUUAUAUCACUUAUGUACAAGAUUUGCCAAAUGGCACAGAAAGAGGUAAAUUUUUGGCUUUAGACUUGGGCGGCACCAAUUUCCGCGUGCUAUUGAUUGAACUGGGAGAGAAUAACCAAUUCCAUAUGGACUUUGAAACCUUCAAAGUUCCCAGUCAUAUCCAAACUGGCAAAGGCACAGAAUUAUUCGAUCAUAUUGCUAAAUGUUUGGCAGAAUUUGUAAAAAAGUACAAUUUGGACAACAAAACGGCAUUACCGUUGGGCUUUACUUUUAGUUUUCCACUUAGACAAGUUGGACUCACCAAAGGAUAUUUAAAUAGCUGGACCAAAGGAUUUGCCUGUUCGGGAGUGGUUGAUGAAGAUGUUGUCAGGCUUCUCAAGGAUGCCAUCAAUAGGAGAAAUGACGUACAGAUUGAUGUGUGUGGAAUAUUGAACGAUACAACUGGUACACUCAUGUCAUGUGCUUGGAAGACUCCAAACACCAAGAUUGGACUUAUUGUCGGAACGGGGUGUAAUGCAUGCUAUGUUGAAAAAUUGGAUAACGUGGAACUUUUUGACGGUGACAAAUCAAAGCCACAAGUAAUCAUCAAUUGUGAGUGGGGUGCAUUUGGUGAUGAUGGCAAAUUAGAUGCCAUCAGAACAAUAUAUGAUAAGGAAAUUGACUGUAAAUCGUUGAAUCCAGGAAAGCAGAGAUUUGAAAAAAUGAUCAGUGGGCUUUACUUGGGAGAGAUUGUGAGAUUGGCUAUAGUGGAUAUGGCUAUUCAACACAAACUCUUCGAGGGAAGACUCUCCGAGCAAAUGAAGACCAAGGGAGCUUUCGGUACUUCAUUCGUGUCCGACAUUGAAAACGAUACUGGAAACUUUACCAACACGUUGAAAGUUUUGAGCGAGAUGGGCAUCAACGACCCAUCGUUGGUCGACUGUGCCAACGUGCGAUAUAUUUGCAAGUGUGUGUCCAGUCGGUCUGCGCAUCUGGUGUCUGUUGGUCUGGCCACGCUUCUCAAUAAAAUGGACGAAAAAUCUGUCACGAUUGGCGUCGAUGGUUCGGUGUAUCGCUUCCAUCCAUACUUCCAUGAACUUAUUGUGGAAAAAACGAGGGAACUGGCAAAACCCGACAUCAAUUUUGAUUUGAUGUUGUCCGAAGAUGGAAGUGGUCGUGGAGCCGCCCUCGUUGCUGCUGUAGCUUCCCGAGAUGAAUUACCAUCUAGGACAAAUGGAGUGGUGAAAUAUUAAUGGUUCUCAACUAGUGAAUCAAAGUUGAUACCAAAAAUAAUGUUUUUUUUUUUUUAAUUUUAUUCAACAUUUUAAAUAAUUCUAUUGCCUAGUUUUUAAGGAGUAGUGGUAUGCCUCAUGAAUGAGGGAAGUACGUAGGUCAUAUGUGCAUUUAAGAAAUUUAACAAUUUGCAACCUGACUGAAUUGUAUGUUUGUUGUUGUUAAAUAAGGAAAUUACAUAAGAAAAUAAUAAUAUUGUUUUUUGCAUUUAAUAAAGUUUA